GACUUUUGCUCCGGCCGCUUGCACGCGACGAGCUGAGGGUGCAAGCCCCAGACGGCCGCUGGUACGUUUGGAGCAGGGAAACCAAAACUGCAUACCCAGAGAUUCCCGACGAGCUUAAUCUGGGCUCCGUGCCACUCAUCAUCUCAAUCACAGAUCAAGGUCCGUGCAAUGUCAGUGCUCUUAACUAUUGCAUGUACAGCACCCAAGCCAUCAUGCUGCACUCCCAGUACGAUCCUUACCACCGUGGCUGGAACGACAUUAAACUGGCGGCCAAAAGAACUACAAGUCGAGCCUGGAAGAAAAUCCUUGAGCUGACGUUGGUAGCCAACCUGAGCUACGGCCCUUACGGGACGAGUCAGUUCUUUUAUAAGAAGGUCGCGCGCUUGAACGAAUUCCUGUCGAGCAAUUCCUGCAGUUCGCCGCUGUGGACAGAGCAUCUUCACCUUAUUUGUCGUGAACAACGGAUAUCCGAACCCCGCACGCGAGAAGAUUCGCAGCGGCUGUUUGAUGACCUUCGGACUGUGCCAGCAUUUUGCUCGAAGGGGCCUUUGAUUAAGUUGAUGAGAUGGUUCAGCUGGUUCGAAUCAAUGGCAUUUCUCGAAGGCUCUUUUUACUUGCACAAGAUGCUGCUUCAGCAAUCUCCUGACGACGACGAAGACAAUCCAGACGACAAGCUGCCUCAAGAGUCUGACCCGGCCAGAGAGCUACAGCGGCUCAAGGCGAAGCAAGGCUCCUGGAAGCUGGCACCUCGGUUGAUCACCAGUCACUCACUGGCUGUCAAGGAUGCCAUAAUGGCUGUCGGGAAGGCGACCUGGAAGCAUCAUGCUGCCAGAGCCAGGGAGGUCACGAACAGCAUGCAGGUUAUGGCCUUCAACAUCUCCUGUGCAGGAGCUCAUAUUUCAGUCGCAGAAGCUGCCGAACGGGAAGGCCAUCCCAUCCAGGCCCUUGAGUACAUGCAUUGGCGGCUCAGCCCUGCUGUAAGACUUCUCUUUCUCGCAUUCGAGGAGGACCGACGCCUUGGCAUCGAGGGCUCCGAACAGUCGCAUGCCAAGAGGCUGCAGACCGUCUUCGCGAAGCAUGUGGGCGACAGUCGCUUGAUAGAAAAUGCACACCAGCAUGCCAAGGACAUCUUUCGUGCCAGCAAGCAGAAUACGUUCUCAAAUACGGCGCUUUUUUCGAAGAUCUUGGGCUCCGGUGUCUUGGAGCAGAGGGGCCUGGAUGUGGUGAAGAGCUCGAUGGCUGACAAAGUGUUGUCGCCAGCUCCAAAAACUAGCAAGCAGCUGCCUGUUGCCCAACUCAUGAGGGCAUCUUCCCACAAGCUUCCCAAAGAAAUGCAGGAGCUGAUGGUACAGAAACGGAAGGCAGAAGCUUUCCCAUCGCCUUCGCCGUCGGCUCUCUUCCAAAGUGCAGCAGCAACUGAGUGGCUCUGGUACUACUGGGCAGCACGGCAAGAGGAUACAUUGCCUGCAUCAGUGCACGCGAACAGUUCUUGGAUCUCCGUUUUUGCAACGCCCGGCUCCUGUGUGGCCCAACAAUCCACUGCAAGCUUGAUGAAAGUCGUUGCCUCCGCAGAGUUUGGAUUUCUGGCUUGGGAGCUGGAGGUUCGAAGGCGAUCCGACGGCGGCAGCCACUUUGUCUGCAUGCCUCGCAGGUCUGCUCUAGCUUGGAGACAUAUCACUGCCUUGGAGGACUGGGCUGUCGUUCCUACGAAGCCUGUGCUACUUCACGCGGAGCUCGGGCCUGUGGGAUGGGAGCAGUCUGGGCCUGCCAUGUCUUUGCAGGCAAAUCUCUGCUUGAGAGGGCUGCCGAUCACAGUCCAGCAGAUGAAGGAUCUCAUCGUUUUGCUGGGCGGUGCCAGGCCUAAAGGGAACGCGAGCAGAAAGAUGCUGGAGGAGGUUCUCUGGCAACUUUCCUUUCUUCCCGAGGAUGUGGAGCAAGCCAAAAAGUCUGUUACUGGAGCUUCUGCGAUGGAUGAAGAGGACAUCGACUCCCAAUUCAGUGAAGUGCUGAGUGAGCUCGUGGAGGACGAGGCAAACAAGACGGAACUGAAGGAGCUGACUGCCAUCAAGAAGAAAGCCAGGAUCAAGCGACAGAUGGAUGUCCCACUACAAGAUGAGCCUGUUCAAAAGAAGAAAAAAGGAAAGGGCAAAGGCAAGGGCCGUGGCCGAGGCAAAGUGAAGCGAGAGGGCACCGCUGCCCCUGUGAAGCGAGGGCUUGUGGAUAGCCUUGUGAAAAGAGCACGCAAACGCUGCAAACUGCAAGCUGGUCAAGGGCCGCCGGCAGAAUCACAGAAGCAUUUGGAACCACAUGCUCCAGCCGAUCCUGUGGAUCCCAGGGCUGCAGAGGCAGCUGCAGCUGCACCCCCCGAACCAGCAGCUCCUGCAGAACCUUCGUCGUCUGUGCCAGCAGCUCCUGCAGAACCUUCGUCGUCUGUGCCGGCCGAACGGCAUGCAGCUGGCUCCAGGGGCCCGACAAUCUACAGAUCGCCGGAGCACAUUCUGGCAAGAAUCUGUCCCCCCGGCUGCACCAUCGGAUUAAACCAUCAGGACCAUCGCUGGACCAGCAGGUUUUUUUCUGAGAGUGAAGUCCUCAGAGGCAGCACGUACUCGCAGAAAACUUUUGAUCGCGCUUUUGCUGUGAAACGGACGUGGGAAAGUGCCCUUGCCUUGGUUCACAAGCACAACUGGGAGAAGUGGAAUCUCAUCAAGCAUGAUCAACCGUUGCCGCCAGACAUGCAGCAGCAAGAACCUGGAGUUGUGCCGGGGGAUGUUUUGACUGCCUUGAGACCCAUCAUCGCCGACUUGCCGCCUCCGACGAAGAGACGCGAUCGCGAGACACAAGCCGAUGAGUAA